CAAAUGAAGGACCAAAACUUUAAGAGCGCAACAAAAAUGGCGCCACAUUCCUCAAAUACUUAAAUCAACCCUCCUCUUUUCAUCAUUCUUCACUCCUACAUUUCUCAACUCUCAUUCUCUCUCCUCAUUCAUCACCCUAAUUCCUCUUCUGAUUUCCCCUUUCUUCAAGAGAGAGACAGUAAAAAAAGGUUAGAGAGAAAAAAAUGGAGGUUAAAACAGUGAGCCCAGAUGCUAUUUCAAAGAUUAUAGCAAACCCAUCUCCUGAUUCUUCCGCUGAUCUUCCAGAUCUUGUUCUUCAAGUCCUUGAUUUGAAAUCUGUCGGCAAUCGUUUCAUGUUUACUGCCAGUGAUGGAAAACAGAAGCUAAAGGGUAUUCUGCAAUCAAGUUUUUCAGAAAUGGUAUCAUCUGGAUCCAUUCAGAAUUUGGGUCUUAUUCGGAUACUUGAUUACACACUCAAUGACAUCCCGAACAAACCAGAGAAGUAUCUGCUCGUAACGAAGUGUGAGUCUGUGUCGCCUGCGCUUGAGUCCGAGAUUAAGACUGAGGUGAAAAAUGAGGAUUGUGGUGUUGUCUUAAAAUCAAAGCAGGAUGUUAAUGUGGAAGCUGAGGUUAAGAAGGAAGAAUCGGGUAUUAUGUUUAAGCCUAGGCAGGAUGUGGUUGCGAAAUCGGCUGCUCAGAUCAUUCAUGAGCAACGGGGAAAUGCGGCACCUGCUGCAAGAAUGGCUAUGACUCGACGAGUCCACUCUCUAGCUUCAUUGAACCCUUACCAAGGGACCUGGACCAUUAAGGUCCGAGUUACCAGCAAGGGGAAUAUGCGAAGCUAUAGGAAUGCGAGAGGAGAAGGGAAUGUGUUUAAUGUUGAGCUUACUGAUGAAGAUGGUACUCAAAUACAAGCGACAAUGUUCAAUGAAGCUGCAAGGAAGUUCUUUGACAGAUUCCAAGUGGGGAAGGUUUAUUACAUCUCAAAGGGAACCCUUAAAGUUGCUAAUAAGCAGUUCAAGACAGUACAGAAUGACUAUGAGAUGACUCUCAAUGAGUACUCUAUGGUUGAGGAAGCCAGUGAUGAAGGAGUAUAUAUCCCUGAACCAAAGUUCAACUUUGUUCCGAUUGAUCAAUUGGGCCUAUAUGUAAAUGGAAAGGAUGUUGUAGAUGUAAUUGGAGUUGUUCAGAGUGUGUCCUCGACUAUGAGUAUCAGAAGGAAGAUAAACAAUGAGAUGAUUCCAAAGCGUGAUAUAACUAUUGCAGAUGAAUCGAAGAAAACUGUGGUAGUUUCUUUGUGGAACGAGCAUGCCACUACAAUUGGCCAAGAAUUGCUGGAUAUGGCUGAUAAGUCACCUGUAGUUGCCAUUAAGUCUGUUAAAGUUGGAGAUUUCCAGGGUGUAUCACUGUCAGCAAUAAGCAAAAGUAUACUAAAAAUAAAUCCUGAUUUACCCGAAUCACAAAAACUAAGGUCUUGGUACGAUUCUGAAGGUAGAGAAGCUUCACUGGCAUCUGUUGGCGCUGGUAUGAGCCCUUCACCUAAUAGUGCAGGGAGGUCUAUGUAUUCCGACAGAGUUUCUAUUUCACACAUCACAAGCAACCCAUCGUUAGGCGAUGACAAGCCUGUGUUCUUCAACUUGAAAGCAUACAUCAGCUUGAUUAAGCCUGAUCAGGCAAUGUGGUAUCGGGCAUGUAAGACAUGCAACAAAAAGGUUACUGAAGCUAUUGGAUCUGGAUAUUGGUGUGAAGGAUGCCAGAAGAAUGAUGAUGAAUGUAACUUAAGAUACAUUAUGGUAGCAAAAGUCUCGGAUGCAAGUGGUGAAGCAUGGGUUUCAACAUUCAAUGAGCAAGCUGAGAGAAUCAUUGGGUGCCCUGCUGAAGAGCUUGACAAGUUGAAAUCACAGGAAGGAGAAGAGAAUCUCUACCAAGUGAAGCUAAAAGAAGCUACUUGGGCGCCUCAUACUUUCCGAGUAAGCGUAGCGCAAACCGAGUACAUGAAUGAGAAGAGGCAAAGGAUAACUGUAAAAGCGGUUGCCCCGCUUGAUUAUGCAGCUGAGACAAGUUUUCUGCUUGAUGAUAUAUCUAAAAUGAAAGCCUCCCAGUAAAAGCUCUUGUUCAAAAGUUAGCAGUAGCUUAUGAUAUCUAUUUUCUAGGAAAUUAUAUUGGAUGUUUUUGUGAAUCUGAAGCUAUCAAACAGAAGUAUUGUGCUUAUUGUAAUAUAUGCAAUGCAAAAUUAGCCCAA